AUGUUCAAAAUGUCACAAAGCAAGAUAUUUACAGCAUUGAAGUAUCACUCAACAGACUAUUUAUAUGAGAGCAUGGCAAGGCAGAAGUUUUCCAUCUGGAAAUUAUCACUUUGCUUUCCUCCCUGUUUCCAUCAAGAUGAAAAGUAUCAUCUCAAUGGACUCUUUGCUGAUGAUAAGUAUAGGAAGCCAUGGACUAGAAUUGGUUCAACACAGAACAUGAUUGCUAUUUCAGUAUUGGAUCAAUGGAAGAAAAGUUUACCUGUGGAGGAUUUCCUGGAAAAGAAACCUAUUUCCUCUGUAGAGUUUCAGACUAGUAAUAAUUUAUUAGAAGUUAUUCCAAGUUCAAAUCCUUACUCUCAGACUGACGCAGAAGAAACAUUUUUGCUUAUGGAGAAUGUUUUUAAGGAAGACUCCACCCAAGACAAAUAUCCAAAGAUUUACUAUGCCACUGAAUUUAAGGAACCAGGACAAGAUUUAUGUUUGGAAGACGAGUUUGUUUUAAUUGAUAAUCGUGAAAAUUUUUGUAAAAGACUGCCAACUUUAUCUACACUUCUGAGCAGACUACAGUUUUUUUUAGUGAAAGAUCCCCUUUUAGAUUCUGAAGGACAGAUUUUAACAGCAAAGAAUAUUUUCAGAGAAUGUUUGACUUUCCAAAAUGGAAUGAAGAUGGAAGAGAGUCAAAAUGAAUUACAGGGGAUUAAAGAGAAUUUCUGUACUAUAUCUAUAAAAGAUGAAGAGUAUUUCCUGUUGCCUGUUGAAUUAGAAUUUAGCAAACCCAACAAUGGCAGAUCUGAUUGUGUUAAGAUUCCAUCAUACUUACAACUAAAGGAGGUGUUAAAUUUAGCUCCAGUCACUAUAGACGAUGAAGACCUUUGCAAACAGGUGAUCAGAGAAGCUGAAUAUAUUCCAUAUUUGAAAGAUGAAAUGGAAGUGCCUUUAACUCCUCCAUGCAGACAAGAAAGGUCAUGGGUUAAUUUUCUGUGCAGAGGACUUCAAGAAGAACCUAUUUCUCUCUCUGGUAACAGUAUUUUAAUUUCAGAGCCUUCUAGGGAAUUCUUAGAAUCUUUGGUAUGGCAAUCAGAGAAGUAUCGGGAUAAUAUGAGCUCUCUUUUGCUUGUCGAGCAUCCAGGUGUUAGCCUUGUGCAUCAGCAUCGUUCACUGACAGAACUGCAGAAGGAGCUGCCAGUUGAGGUCGAAGCACCAAUGCUUGGCUCACUAGAGGAGGUCUGGUGGCUUCAUAGGGGUUUAAAUCCAGCAGCUGUAGAAAUUUUGGAACAAUUUAAUAUGGAUCGAAGUAAUCGAAGCAGUCUGCUUCCUACAGAAGUAGAAACAUUCACGCAAUUUACAUCAUAUCAAAUAGAAAGAUGGCUUGAAGAGAAGAAUUCUGUGACAAACCAAGAGCUGCUUUCUGCUGAAAGACAUCAGUCAGAAAAAGUUGUUAAUCCUAACCUGUCACUGCAGAUUCAAAGGCAGUACUUUGACAUGAGUGCUGUGUCAUCUGCCAAAACUCACAGUACAAAUACAUCUGUGGAAGAACCUACUGGAGGAAGCAUAAGAAAGGUUAAGACAGAAGAGGCAAUUCAUUUCUUAAACCAGGAAAAGAAAACCCCCAAACCAUCUGUAUCAGACAGCUGUAAAGGUGUGUCUUCUAAGCUAGACAACUCAUCCUAUAGUGGAAAGCCUGCAUCACUUGCUUCUAAAUGGGCCAAUGAUGAUUCUGAUCUGAACAACUUUAUUAUGAUGAGAUCUAGACAUACCAAAGUCACCCAAAGAGAAGAAAAAUGUUACGUAGAUAGACCUGAAAAAGUGGUACAGCGUGAAGAACAGCUUAUGUGUGUUCACAAAGAGGAUGAUUCUUUUUGUGAGACUGUAAAAACAGAGGAAAAAACCCAAGAGAAUAAAGACAUUAUCACUGUCAAUAUUCAGCCAUCAGAAAGCCAGUGCCAGGCGUACCGCCUCUUAGAAGAAGCAGCCAUUCCUGUACUAAAAGAUUUGAUACAUCUGGAUGUACUUGCCUCUGUUACUUGGAGCUUUGACAGUGUUAAAUUUGAUCACACAAGAUUUUUUUUAAAACAGCAAGAGAAAGUGGUAUGUGAUAAUUUUAAACAAGGUAAAAUAGAUGAGAAGGAGAUCAUGCUGUUCAGACAUGCUGCUCUGGUACAUCUGCUGGUGACGGUUCGAGAUCUGCUACUAACAUGUGGCUUGGAUACAGCUCUAGGUUAUUUGUCCAAGGCAAAGGAUAUCUAUAAAAACAUUUUAGAAUCCUGUUUGAAUAAUAUCUGGAGGCAGUUGAAGAUUGUGCAGUACAGCAGCCAGAAAAAGCAUGAAAAGCAUCCCAAAAUAACAGCACUUCAGUGUGAAAUGUUAAAUUGGAUGAAAAGUUAUGGAGAGAAACACGACAUUAAGAUACUAAUCAUUACAAGGAUGGACUCUGAAAGAGAAAAAGCUGCCUUCAUUUACCCAUUGUCUAGGAUAGAAGGUUUGAAAGCUGUGGAUUUGAAUUCUGAGAAAAAAGGAAGCCCUUUAAAUUGUAAAGAGAUCAUAAGCAAUCUUAGUAGAUUUUCCUGCAUCGUUGUACAUAAUCAGCAAAUUGGAGCUGACUUCCCUUGGACACACUUCUCAUUAGUAAUAGAAUAUGAUUAUUCUGAAAAUUCUGGCUGGAAAAAUCUGUGCAAAAAUCUGAAUGUUACUUACAUGACUUUUAAAACCAGCCUCCCUGAAACAAUACAAAUGGGGAAUCAUGGUGGUUCCUUUCUUCUGGAAGUACAGAUUCCAUAUGUAUUUCUGACAACUGAAGGUCUUCUUAAUAUGCCAGAUGUUCUUCAACUUUUUGAAUCCAAGUACAGUCUUAAGGGAAAUACUCUGCUUAACCUUGUCUUAAUUUAUGCCACUAUAAUUGAACUUACACAGAAAUCAGAAGACUUUGAAGUGAAGGUAGUUCUUACCCCAGGGAUUGAAGAGACAGCACUGAUAAUUCGUCAGAUUGCUGACAACAUUUUGAUAGCAUCUAAUAUCAGUCCUGAUGAGUGGCUGGACAAAUCCUGGCUUUCUGUUUUGCCGUCUGAGACAGAGAAAUGCCUGCUUACUUUUCCGUGUAUCAAUCCUUUGGUUGCUCAGUUUAUGUUAAAGAAGGAAUCUUCACUGAACAAGUUAUUUCUUGCAAGCUUUGAUCAACUGCAGGAACUUCUGCCAGAGGUUCCAAAAAAAGUUUUAAAGCAUUUCAGUGACAUGGUAUCUUCAUACAACCUAAAUACUGCUGCUCCUCUAGAAAAAACAGUGAAAAGUGCAUCACACCCAGAAAACCUGAAUAACUUCAACACAUUGCAUCUUGAUGAUAAACAAAAUUUUCAGAUUUUAGAGCUGCUUGAUAAGGCACAAACCAGCACAGGAAUAUCUCAUAUGAAUUCAAAAGCCCUAAUUCCUCCACUGAAUCGUCAUAAGGGUUUUUUUAAGUCUGAUCUUCCAAGUUGUAUGCAAAAGAAUGCAUGCUCAUCGGAUGUAAUUACAAGGAGGAAGCCAGAAUUCUUUGCUGCAUCAAAGGACUAUGAAGAUUUUUCUCAUCUAGAAGUUAAAAGUUCUCUCCCUGUUCAAAGAGAGCCUUUUAGGAUGCAUGAUUGCUCUGAUCAUACUUCCAAAGACUCUGAAAAAGAGGAUUUCUUUGCAACUUUCAGUGGCUGUGCACCUCAGAAGAGCUCUAAAAGUUUUCUAGAAGAAUUGAGAGACACGACAUUUAAAAGCCCAGAAAUUCAGAUUCACCAGCCCCUGUGGAAUGAUUCUUCAUCCCCAGGCCCAUGUAAUUCAUUUGCUCAUGAUGGUUUUCUCUCUGAUUUCUUUGAUGAUACGGAUGAGCUUCAAAAUCUGAAUUUUAACCAAAUAGGUGGAGCAUCUAAAGGAAAGAGAAAACAAAGGCCUUCAUUUUUAUGGACAAAAGAAAAAAUUAAAACAGGAUUUCCAGAAGUACAGGAGUUUAAAAAAAGGAGACUGACAUAUGAAAGAGUCCCUGGAAGAAGAGAUGGACAAACACGUCUUAAAUUCUUUUGA